AUGACCGAAUUGAUUACCAUAGAACGAUUUAAGCCUAAUUCAAGUGAUAAAUCGUUUGAUGAAUCGGAUUUUGAGGAUGACGAUGAUGACAGUGUCACAGAUAAUGAUACUGUAAUAGUUGCAAAAGUAAAUUCAAAAAAAUCAGCGGCAAAGCGCUCACAUCGUAUCAAUGCUCGUUUACCUUUAAUUAUCAGCACCAAAACGCAGCCACAACGUAAAAAAAAACAUGUACAAAAUAUUCGGAUCAUUAAGGAAUCAUCGCGUCCAUCAAAAGAACUAAUAUUAAAAAAAACUAUUGAUUUAGCUCAACCAAAAAUUCAAUAUGUUGGAAUACCAAUGCCUGCUGAACGAAUUGUUCGAACGUUAACACCCACUAUGGAACGAUCAAUAGUACUACGCAGUGUUCCAACACCAGUGCCUAUAUUGAGAUCUGUUGCGUCAACUCCGAUAUAUGAACGACCUGUCGUAUAUCGUACUAGACCAACAUUGAUACGUGCUAGACAAAGUGAUGCCAAUACACUCAAUGUUCAAUUACCAAAACAUGCAAGAGCGUUAGUAAAUAAAUUUUUGAGCACAAUGCAAUCUGCACAUGGAUACACUGUAAGAAAUGUUGGGUCAGAGCCGAUACAUCAAGUUGAAAGUUUCGUUUCAAAUGUGAACCAAGCAAAGAAAACCGGAAAUCCGGUAAUUUCUACCAUUCAAACAACAGCCACUCAUGAAGUAACUGAUCCUCGUACACACAGUGUAUUAUUACCAGCACCACUACCACCAAAUCAAUAUUAUUCCAACUAUCCGUACAGUGCACCGGUUAUGGAUCAAACAAUUCCAUAUGAUAUGCCCUAUGGAUGGGAACCUUCAGCAUAUGAUGCAAUGUGGCAGUAUGAUCCAUCUAUUGGAGCAAUGCCCGGGUAUCCUACCGAUCAAACGUAUUAUAAUAAUACCAUCGAUCCUGGAUACGUACAAACUUCAAAUUUGAGUAUGCCACAAUAUAAAAUGUACACUACACCUUAUCAGACGAUGCCGUAUGUUGAAUCAACAAUUCCCAUAACUAAUUUUACGAAUACAGUUAAACGGUCACCUCUGACAAACGGUUCUAAUAAUCAAUACAUCGAUAAGGCAACAUUAACACGAAUAGAUGAUAAACAAAGAAUUCUAUCACCAACAAAAUCGUCCAGAACGACGAAUAAGACAAUCAUCGUACAUAAUAAUCAUCCACGACCAAAACAAGAGAAUAUCAUCAUUGAAAAACAAGUACCAAUAGGAGCUAAAAUUGAAGCGACAACUAUUUUGAAAGAACGUAGUACACAAACACCACGCGCCUAUUAA